UUGGUAUAGGACCUUUCACGUGGGGCAGUGUCUCAGUGUCUCAGUGCGCUCGGACAAUGAACUGGACCACAGGAGAACUCCAGUGGACGACGCCCCAGGCCAGGGCCGGGAUGACCGACUCGGUGGUGAUGACCCCAACGGCCAAAGUGUUCACCUCUGUUGUCUAUGCCCUGGUCCUGGUCAGCGGUGUGAUCGGCAACAUCUUGGUGAUCUGGGUCAUCCGCAUCUUGAGGAACAGAACCUGCAUCCAGAGGCCUGUGAUGUGCCACAUGGUGAGCAUGGCCUGCAGUGACCUCCUGAUCUUGACCAUCUGUUUGCCCAUUGAAUUGUACAGCAUUAUCUGGUGCCCUUACCCUUGGCCGGCCGGGCGGCUGGGCUGCAAAGGUUUUUAUCUGCUUUGGGAGAUCUGCAGCUAUGCCACUGUGCUCAACAUCCUCGCCUUGAGCCUGGAGCGGUACAUGGCCAUCUGCCACCCCCUGCACGUCAAGGUCAUGUCCGGCUCCAGGACUAAGAGGCUGAUCGGGUUGAUUUGGGUGACGGCCGCUAUCUCAGCGUUGCCAGUUACCUUUGCCAUCGGACUUGAGGAUGCUUGGGGGCCCUUCAGACCCUACAAGGAGUCGAGGCCACCGCUCUACAUCUGCACCAAUUUAUCCGGCAGGAAGGUCCUCUUCCAAGCCAUAAUCUACACCUCGUUCUCUCUGUACCUGGCGGUUCUCCUGGUGGUGGGAAUAACCUGCGGGCAGAUGAUUAAGACCCUCAAUGACAGGCCCGUCCCCUCCUCGCUUGAAAGGACAAAGUCCACCUCCAAGGUCCUGCCCAGGUAUAGAGAGAUCCGGAGACAGAACAUUGUGAUGUUGGGGUGUGUUGUUGGUGCUCUGGCCAUCUGUUGGGUCCCAUUUCAGGCCAGGCGUCUGAUGGCAGUCACUCACUCCAAGACCCAGUGGACGGAGGAGUACUACAGAUCCUACCUGAUCAUGCAGCCCAUCACCAACACUUUCUAUUACCUCAGCUCGGCAAUUAACCCACUGCUGUACAACAUAUCCGCCAAGCAGUUCCGCAGGGUGUUUGUUCAGGUGCUGAGAGGACACAGUCCACACAGCUCGGUGCCACCAGAGUCCGACAUGAAUUCACAGUCGGAUUUGCAAAAGGACACGUCAUUCAACAGGGAGCCAUCCCCACACAACACCGACACUACUGAGAAAGAAUCUUGGAAGGGGCGAGGGAAGGGAACUCUUCUGUCUUGCCACGGCAGAUAGUGGGGAAGGGGUUAUAUAAUAUUGCAUUUGAUAUAGUUUCCUUAUUCCACACGCCUCUGUUUAUCUA